AUGGUUUUAGUAUCUUUCAGAAUAAACACGGGAAACUUCUUGUUGGAAGUGCAGGUGGAAGGCAGGCCCGGCUGGCUCCUGGCAUGUCACGAGCGGUGGAAUCUCUCCCUGGGGACUCUGAUCUGUAGGCAGCUGGGAUAUCUCCAACUCGCCCAUCACAAAGGAGUGAACCUGACAGAUGUCAAGGUGAAUGAUACGCAAGAGUUUGUUCAGAUUGUGCCCAACCAGAAGAGCAGCAUUGAAGACGUGUGGCAGGUCAGGAGCAGCUGUGCUUCAGGGCGAAUUGUGGCUCUGAAGUGCUCAGAGUGCGGCGUGCGCUCCAGGGCAGCCCGGAUCGUGGGCGGAAGCGAAGUCCCGUUGGGACGCUGGCCGUGGCAGGUCAGCCUGUAUCUCAACUCCAGACACGUCUGCGGAGGCUCCGUGGUGGCACAUGACUGGAUCGUCACAGCCGCUCACUGCGUGCACAAUUACAGGCGGCCUGAGGUCUCCAGCUGGCUGGUCUUUGCCGGGAUUAUCGCCCAGGUGUCAGUCCCACAGCAGGCCGGGGCGGCGGUGGAGAAAAUCAUCUACCACCCCCGCUAUGACGACAGGAGUCACGACUAUGACAUCGCACUGAUGAAACUCACAGCGCCCUUGAACUUCUCCGGUGAGACCCUUCUCUUCAGCCAUCUCCCCCUUGCAGGGGACAGAGGAUCCCCCCAGAGCAGCCCCAUGGCUUCCAUUCACAAGGGAGCCACCCACCAAUGGUCUGAUUCCCACGCCGGUGGCCUGUGCCGAUCCCAGGGGCAGUGCCAGUGCGGGGGUUGGUCCAGCUGUGAAGGGAGGGGGCAGCAGAGAGAAAACAUUCCCCAGAUGCCGUCCGUGUGUUUACCGCUGUACCAGCAGGAUUUCCCCCACGGCACCCACUGCUGGAUCUCCGGCUGGGGCUACACCAGACCUGAACACGUUCCUGUUGGUGAGAUGCUGAAGAAAGCUAUUGUUCCCUUAAUCAGCACCAAGAAAUGCAACAGCUCCUGCAUGUACUCUGGUGAGCUCACCCCCAGGAUGCUGUGUGCUGGCUACCUGGACGGGAAAGUAGAUGCCUGCCAGGUGAGAGCAGGGAGAAAACAACCCCUGUUGUUAAUAGGCCGUGAGGGAUCGAGUCCUUCCCCCACUGAGGAGCAGUGUGAUGCUGCUUACUGUGGGCUGGAUCCCACACGGUGUCUAUCACGUACAUGA